CAGCAUCGGUUGUUUGCGGGAGCGAAAGCGCGUUGCCUCUCUCACGGGACGGGCUGGACUGACACACAGGCGCAGGAACACGCUGGAACUUUUUUAUACCGAUCUCAAUCUCGGCUCGGCUUGGCCCGACAAGCUUCGGAUGCGUAAUAUAAAGUAGCUACCACCUCUCAGUGGCCCUCGGGGAGGAAUAUACCUGUCACACGGAGAGAUGAGAUGGGAGUUAGUCAGAGAGACGAAAUACCCGGCGUUAAUGCAGGAGAAGGAGACGUAAACGGGAUAUAACUGGACUGGUCAUUGUGUUUAAGGUUGCUGUUGCCCCAGCCAUGUCAACACACCUAAGAGUUACUGAAGCUUAUCCUCCCUUCUUUCUGCUGCUUCUCCUGCUGCUCCUCCCGCUCUCCCUGUCGUUUCGGGCACGACCCCACCAACCCGCGGUCCAUGUGCCCUCUCUGGUGCCCCACAUCCCCCAGCCCCUCUCCCGCUCACGCUUCAGUGCCCAGGCCCAGCUCGACUUCACCACCCACUGCAAUGCCAGCUGCUACCACAGGGGGGAGCAAGAGAUCAGACGGGACCUGCUGACCGAGCAGCUGGCCUUCGAGACGCUGUACUCGGAUGGCUCGCGCACCCUGACCACCGUUGACCUGGAAGAGGAGGAGGAGGGCGAGGGCAACUCCACAGCCGCGCCGCUGCCCUGGAGCAGGGGGAGGCGCCGCUUCGCUGCCGUGCAUCGCAGAAGGCACAAGCGGCAGAUCUACGGGGCUGAUGGGCGCUUCAACAUCCGCGGCGACCACUUCCUGCUCGACUACCCCUUCUCCACAGCUGUCCGCAUCUCCACGGGCUGCACCGGGGUCCUGGUGUCCCAGCGCCACGUGCUGACGGCUGCCCACUGCGUGCAUGAUGGGAAGGACUACGUCAAGGGCGCCCGCAAGCUGAGAGUGGGCUUCUUGACCCCGCCCCCCGCCAACAGCACCAACCCCGGCCAGAUACCCCCCAGGAAACCCCUGGUGCGCUGGGUGCGCGUCCGCAGAACCCGCGUCCCCAAGGGGUGGAUCCAGGGCCCGCAGGACGUCAGCAUGGAUUUCGACUACGCCCUCCUGGAGCUGCGCUGGCCCCACCGCCGGCCCUUCAUGCGCCUGUCGGUGGCGCCCUCCUCCGAGGACCUGGCCGGGAGGAGGAUCCACUUCUCAGGCUUCGACAGCGACCGGCCCGGCGAGCUGGUGUACCGCUUCUGCGCCGUGGAGGACGAGUCCAACGACCUGAUCUACCAGCACUGCGACGCCCGGCCCGGCGCCAGCGGCUCCGGCGUCUACGGCCGCAUGUGGGACUCCGACCUCGAGCGCUGGGAGCGCAAGGUCAUCGGCAUCUUCUCUGGCCACCAGUGGCUGGAGAUCGACGGCGAGAACCGCGACUUCAACGUGGCCGUGCGCUUCACGCCACUGAAGUUCGCGCAGAUCUGCUACUGGGUGCACGGCAACCGCGUGGACUGCAGUCAGGACUGAGGGGUGUACAACUGCAUCAUGGGACAGAGGCGGAGCUUUUCUUACCGAAUGUCAAAACUGGAGCUUACUUUCAACCCCUCUCCUGAGUCCAACGGGACCUUGAGACAAACAAGGUUUGGCCGCUACAGACUGAAAAAGGAUCUAAAUCGAAUCAGGAAACCGGGAAUGCUUGACCUGCCCCUCUGGUUCCUCUGACCCUUUCACUGUUUUGGCAUGGGCAUCUCUCUCUGGUUCUCUUUCGAGUCCCUAAACGUGCCUUUUGUAGUUGCCUUACUCUACAGAGACUGGUGGUCAGUUUCAGACUGCUCUACCUAUUACUCCCCCACAGCAGCUUUGAAAAAGCACUUCCACUUUUAGUCAGCCUCACUACACUGACCCAGCAUCUAAACACAUUAAACCACUAUUAGAGGAAGCCAAAAACACUUUGCACCUUCGUCAUGUUGAACACUUUCAUGUCUCAUGGCUAACUCUCCAGAAUAUUUGUCAGUUCUGUAUUGUCUUUAUAAGAUAUCGUAGAAAGGGAGCAGGAUGAGGUGAUGUUGUGACUCCAUCUCCUGUGCUGGUUACCAAUUCAGUCUUAACCACUAUGUUUCCCAAAGGGGUCACCCAGCUUACCUGCUGGAGGGUGAGGAACGUGGCUUUUUUAUUCUGUGUCUGCACAUAUGGAGAAGAGGAGAUUGACCUUUGCUUGAAUAUUUGGGGAUUUAUGCAGGCGCAACAAAUCAUGAACAAUUAGUGCUCACAGCUGACACAGUUCACAGGUCUGCCACUUGCACUCAGAGUAAUACGCAGCAAUGCGUAUUGACCUUUCAUCUGGAGGAAACAUGUACUGUUCUCCUCAGGUACAAAUAGCUGAACCACUAGAGCCAAUUAUGCAGUUGCCAUUGUAGCUUGUUCCGUUCAAUAUGGAGAGACAAAAAUCCCUGAUUAUUUACACAGAUCGCAAUCUCUGUAUGGUUUUUAUCCAUUGGCCUCUUGUCGAGCAGCUGACACCUCCCUUCUAUUUCCUGCCUAUUCAACGUCUGCACAUCUUCAUAAGGAAUUAGCAUGCUCCUGCAUAGCAUUAAAUCUAUGCUGUGGUUAUUUGAAUGUAACGUAUAAUGUGGGGAGGGGAGCGUGUGCAUAGAGAAGUUCAUAAUGAUGCUUGAGGGUUAGGGUGAAAUCGAUUAUCAGAGGGUUUUAGCUCUGUUUCAGAGGCCAGGAUGUCCCCCCCUCGAAAGCCAGUGGAAUCCUGGGUACCAGUGACUCUGUGCUCGCAAGUCCCCAGUGAUCCACAGAUCCCCACCCCCAGCAGCCAACCCAAAAUGCGGGUUAUUCCUUCUCUCACCCUGAGCCCAGCAGCACAGCAGCACUUCAACACCUUUCAAAAAGUAGGAUGUAAAAAUCACUUAAAAACAGGUUUUAAAAUAUACUUGCAGGUAGAAAAGAUCUGGCUUAUUCU